AAAGGCUUAACAAUGUGGAAGCAGUACAUGUAUAUAUAUAGUAUGUAGUAGGAGAAAGUUGACCACAAUAAACUUAGUUUCUAUAUUACUACAAUGUAUUUAUAUACUACGAAUAUUCUAGAUCAAAAAUAAAGAAAAAUAACUCAGCAUUUAAGUUACUCAUUCCUGGAGAGGACAUGUACAGAUAAAAACCGGAAGUUAAAUUGUUGAAUGAAAUAGCAAUUUCCAGACGAAUCUGUUGAAAAGGCUAUACAGUAAUAGGAUUUGUCGAAAUGACGGAUUUAUUCGAGAACGAGGUAACGAGAUUCUAGGAUUCUCUUUCUUUCAAAAUCCAUCAAUACAAUAAACAAGAACAAGAAUGGCUGGCACAGGAGUUAUGAAGGACAGCUACGUAGGGAGCAUUAAUUCUUCAUCGUGUAUUCAACAGAAUGAUGAUAUUCCAUUCUGCGUCACAGUUGCAGACGAUGAGCCGCAGACGACAGUUGGAGUCACAGACGAAAAGUUGAAUGCACUUCUUUUUGGCGGGAAUAUACCGGAAUGGGCCAAAGAACGCAGUAACCAAACGGACGAAGAUAAAAUAAUCAACCUAACGUGUUCGGAUGAAGCAAAAGCAACAAAUAUAAACAAAACUGAAGAAUAUAAUAUAGGGUACUCUGGUAUAAGUAUAUUACCGUGGGAAGAGUUUGCGUUCAAUCCGAGAGUGUUGAAUGACUUGUUUUAUACAGAAAGUAACAGUAGGAUAACUUAUGACCCGGAGGAAGUCAAUGUUUUUUUCCACGGCAAGAAUGUCAUGCCGCCAACCAUUGGAGAUAUCUCAGAAAAUGGAAAAUCAUGGAACAUAGACGUUGAGAACAUAAAUGAUCUGAGAAAAAUUCGUAAAAUGUUGACUGAGAGAUGCUCUGUUUUUGGAGUCACCCUGGUAUACAAAGAAAAACGCUUUGGAAAACCAGUCAGAGCUCCAUGUUUGGUAUUACUGGAUCCUAACCAAGCAGGUUUAGGGGAUAGGCUGUAUACAACAAUGACAAAAUGCAUGGACUCUCUCCAUAAUCAGAGAAGAUUUUGUGUAGAAAUCAAUCUAAACGUGUGUGUGGAACGUUGGUGUAAAAGUGUGCUACUCACAGAUUGUAAAGUAGUUGGGGCCAAAUUGUACGUUACAAAUGGGGAGGAAUAUACUCCUUUAAACGAAUCCACCGAGGACAAAAUCUGCUGUGUCGUCUGCUUUCCUAUCUGGCUUAUACAGACGACAAUUUAUAAGCUUCAUCGUUUCGUAACAUAUGACGACUUCCGGUCCGAUCUUGAUGCGGAGGAAAUAUUCUUGCACGGAUCUUUCCAAGAUGCUCAUUUCCAGAGGCAGCAGAUAUUUAAAGGGACUGACAACCAAGAUGUAUUUAGAAUACGUAGUGCUCAGCAAACCGACAUAAAAACAUUGCAAGCUCUAGGAACGCACAAGUUCGUCUGCGUGAAGAAAGUGGAAAAGGUGGAGGAAGUUAAUUUCUUUAAAGAGCACAACACCACAUCUUUCGGUACUCUUGUAGAUAAACGAAAAGAGAAGGUAUUACACAAAGAUAGAAAACUUUCGGGCAAGAAGAGACAAAAUGGUAAAGGAGGAUAUGGAUUUGAAAUCAGAAAGGAUUGUGUAGCAUCUAAUAUAGAAGAUACUAAAGUUAAAGAUACAAAUUUCGUAAAUCAAGGAUAUUCGUCUUCUGAAUACGAAGAGGAUUCGCAUGACGAUGGUGCAUCACCUAGAAUACCGGAAAUAGGAAGUGUUGCAUGUGCGCAAGACCGGGAGGAAACGGUUGAAGUAGAGAUAUCACCGGAAAUGGAAAUGCGCGAGCAAAAUAUGUUUAUUAAAAUGACUCCUUCUCUGGAUCAAGAUGCACUUGAUUUCAGAAUGCAAAAAGCAGAAAUAGAUGUAAGAGACAGUAUGCAUGACAGUAAGAGCAUGACUGCGGUGAAAUCAUUUCAAUUUGAUACUGAAAGUGAAACAGACCCAUCAGACGAGGAAGAAAAUGAAGUUGCUAAAUCUGGAAUGUUAAAUGGUAAAGACAAUUUUAUUGAAGAGAUGAUGAAAAUUGAAAAAACCUUAGCUAAAAUUCAAAGCAAAGCAAGUGAUGUUGGAAAAAGCACAUCUCACGAAACCAUGGACACAAAAAAGAAAACCAAGUCGAAAAAAAGAAUAAUGUUUGGACAAGCAUUCAAAGAAAUCACUAAAACAACAGAGAAACCUGUAACUAAAAGUGAAAAUACAGAAAAAAAUAAUGACGAGUCAACUGUAGACAAGAAGAACUCUGAAAAAUCUGAACUGGCUUUAAAAGACCCUAAAAAUAUUAAGUCGAAUGUCAAAGAUAAGUGUAGCGUAGAUAUGAAGAAAGUAAACAACGAUAAAAUUGACAGUCAUUGCAAGAAAAUCAAAACACCGAAAGCAGAAGAUAUAAAUCAAUCUGACAGAGUUAAUGAAUUAAAUGAAGGCGAUGAGAACAAAACUGGUAACAAAGUUGAAGUAAAAGAUGUGAGUAAUACUAAUGAUGAAGUAAAAGAAAGCAAAGUGUCUGCAUUUAAUACUGAAGAAUCUUCCUCAGACGGUGAUGAAGUAGAAAUGAUAUAUCAGUCUGAAAGUUCUAGAAGCGCUGGAGUCAAACAUAAAAACAAUGACACUCAUCUUUUAAAAGCAAACCCGGACGCUGUUGGUUUAGAAAUAGAACGUGUAGCUAAUCUUAACAAACUAGCUAGCAGUGAAAAGACAUCGGGUAAAAAAUCAAAUUCAGACUCGACAAAAGAUCUGAAGAAGGAUACUGAAAUAGGUUCUGUUGUCAACGGACUACACGGGAAUGAUAAAAAUUCUAUAACAGAUCCGUUGUUUGGUGUAACCAAGGUUGAAACUGCACUAGAUAUUACUGAUAUUGACGAUGUGGAUGAGGACGGCAACGAAGCAUCGUCAAGUGUUUUUGUGCCACCAUUGAAACUAAACGAGAAACAUGGCCAGAAGGCAAAACGAGUGAAUAAGCAAUAUAGCUCAAAAAUGAAAUAUCUUGGAGCUUCAGUCCCACAGAAAGUAAGGCGGAAAUAAUUUUGAAUAACAACUAGUAUGCAUGUACUUUUAAAUAUCUCCGAGUACAGAAUCAAAAAGAUAGAUAUUUGUCUAUAAUUAUUUGAUAUUUCAAAAUAAUUUGAAGCGGUCUGUGCAGUGAGCAUAUUAAUGAAUUGUUUAGAAGGGCAAACAAAACUGCACUUUAAAUGGUUUUUUUUCAAUAGCAAGUUUUGUUAUGUUUUGCAGAUCAUGUUAUAAAUAUCUUGCCAAUUUUGCGUAAAUUUAAAUCUGUUUAUGCUACGCUAUCGUCGUUCACGAUUCUUCUUUUUAUCAUAAAUGUAUGUUGUAAAAUUAUUCAAUAAAAUGUGCAUUUUUCUC